UGCUAAUGUAGCAGAGAAAUCACAAGACUAAUUAUAAUAAUUACUCAUUAUUUAUGUUUCACCCAGUGACCUCAGUGAGUCAGCUACAUGCUUAUCCUCAACACGUUCACGAUACUUCUACAAGUAGCGUUCAUUGUGUUUAUGUCACUGCUGUCCAUGAACAUUAUUCGUCAGUUCACUAGUGCGAAGAAAAUGGCUCUGGUCGCUCCAGCCUUGUUCGUGAACCACGGGGGUGGUCCCAUGCCGCUUUUGGGUGAUAAGGAUCACGUAGGACUCGCGAACUUCCUCAAAGACGGUGUGAAGAAGCAUGUUGAUUUUAAAAACGUUAAAGCGAUUAUUUUAGUGACCGCGCAUUGGCAGGAGAAUAAAGUGACUAUAUCUUCUAGCAAUCAUCAUGAUUUAUACUUUGAUUAUUAUGGUUUUCCGCCGGAAUCGUACAAGUAUAGGUACGAUGCGCCUGGCGAUUCAAAGUUAGCUUCGCGCAUUCAUGAAACAUUGAAGAAGAGCGGUAUAGACUCGCGUCUUGAUCCUUCUCGUGGUUGGGACCAUGGAGUUUUUGUCCCAAUGAUUUUGAUACACCCUGAAGCUAACAUACCUAUAAUACAGAUAUCUGUGCUAAGCAAUGAAGACCCAGAGCAGCAUUACAAACUCGGACAAGCGUUGCAUCAAUUCAGAAAAGAAGGUAUUGCUAUUAUUGGUUCCGGAAUGUCAUAUCAUAACAUGAGAGAGUUCUUCAACAGUCGUAGAGCGAGACAAGUUAUAAACAAAGAGUUUGAUGACUAUUUAAAUGAUGUGUGUACAGCGGAGGAACAGAAGAGGAAAGAAGGGUUGUUAUCGUGGAGAGAGGCUAUAGGGGCUAACGAGGCUCACCCUCCGCAUGCUGCGGAGCAUUUUAUGCCACUUGUUGUCGUAGCAGGUGCUGGAGGAUCUAGGCCUGGUGAGAGGAUUUUCAAUUGGGACAUGAGUGGAGUCUUCAGGUUAAGUGCUUUCGUAUGGAAAGAGGAGUGACCGUGGUAUUCCGUUCCUGACUUUUUGCUUACUAGAAAUAUUUUUAGUUUAGUGGCAAGGUGAAAUUAUCCAGCGAACAUACUCAUUCAUAAAUUGUUAAAUAUAGAUUUUGUAAUUCAUGAUGAUGUGCAGAUUUGACAAAUCUAAUCUUUAAUUGCUUGAUAAAAUAAACUAACAAACACAUCUUUGUGAAUAACACAACCUGUGAGCAAAAGUAUUAUUUGGGAACCUGUUUAAAGGUCAAUAAUUAAAUCAUGUUAUGCUAUAACAUAACACAACUUACAAUCAUGUAAUUGUAAAUUGACCCUUGGACAAAAUGUAGUAUUUAACACACAUUGCAACAAUACACAUUAUAUGUGUUAACUUUAUUUCACACAUCUUUCCAUCAUUUACAAGCAUAUUUAUAUAGGAUUUAUAAGCUUUAUAUUGUACAGCAGGGUGUAAUAUUACAUGGACACAUUGGGUUAUGUAAUAUAAUUAAUUCAUAAGGCUCCGCGCACACGGGCGACAAAGUUGCUCGGCGACCUUCGUAUUUGUAUGAAAAGUUGCGUCACCUCGUGUGCGCACCUUCAUACUAGCCCAUAGACCGAGCGACGGAGACAAAAAAGUUUUGUCUCCCGUCUGUGGGGGGCCUAAAACAUCCAAUUUGUCCAUGCACUUUUUAUGCACAUAAAAGGGUGAUAUUUGAUAGUUGCCAACAAGUUUCUGACUUUCUGCCAAGAUAACUUACACAUUUUCCAAUCUCACCUAAAUACAUGCAUAAAUUACUGUGAUCUGGCCAGGUUUAUAGGGACACAGUAUAUAUGCUAUUUUCAGUCAAAAGAGUAGGUAGGGUGUACCCCAACGGGUAAUUUCGAAAGUCACAAAAAUCACCAUUAUUUCCAUCAUAUCAAGAUUCCCCUUUCGAAAUCACCCGAGCAUUUCUGUGCUUCGAAAUUACCCCAAUGCACCCUACUUAUGGUUGUCAAGGGGCUAUUUCCAUAAUAGCUUCAUAUGUAAAUAUUUUUGACCACAAUGUGGUCUUUUGAUUGAAAAAAUCGCACAUUUUGAGAUUAAAAUAUAAAGCUAAAAUCUUUUGUAUAAAACAAGAACUUGGGAAAUUAAAAAGACUGUUGAUGUGAUGUGACUGGUGUUUUAGAAUAAAAAUCAAUACAUUGCAUUGA